AUGGCUAUCGCAAAGUUCUUCGCCCUGCUUGUGCAAAGCAUCAUCCAGUGCCCGCAGAUGGUGGGUGAUGAGCUGGAUAAGGCCACGCGCGAGCGCAUGGAGCAGCGUGCGGAGCAUCUGAGCCGGGAGAUGACUCGGCUGCUGCAGGAGCUGGAGCAGAGGAGCCUGGAGCAGAGCAUCAGGGAGCAGAGGACUCAGGAGCAGAGCAGCAUGGCCUGGGGAGCCCUGCUCUUUGCUGCCUUGCAGCACUGGCAGUUCUGGGCCAUUGCUGGGGUCCUGGUCAUGCUGUUCGGGCUCUGCUGGUGGCUCAGGAAAAGGAGCCAUGAGGCAGGCAACAGCAGUGAUGAGGAGAGCUCCAACAGUGACGAGGAGAGCUCCAACAGUGACAGGGAGCAGCUGGAGGAGGAGGAGCAGGAAGAAGAUGACGAUGACGAUGAUGCAAAUGACCUGGGAAGGUUUUUUGAGGAGCACAUCCAGUGGCCAGUGCAGAACCUGGCCACAGAUUGCCAGCAGGCGCAGGACCUGGUGUGCAACUUCAUCCUUGUCUUCAGAGAGCUCUUGGUAAAUAGUUUCUUCCCGGUGCUGCAAGCAGAAAUUGCGGUGGGCAGCGCCUUUGAAGGUUGGAGUCACCAUGAGAAAGACAUCGUCUACCGUCUCUUCGUGCCCCUGAAGCCCCCCCAUGGACACGCCUUCCACCUGGAGCUGCGCACUGCGGGGGAGAUGACGGCGAGGAACUUUGGCGUCCGCGUGGAGCUGGUGUGCACCUGCAUGAGGGAGCAGCUGCCAGGAGAGAUGCUGUGCUUCCUCCACCACUCCGAGGAGGAGCUGAGGAGGAAUCAGGAUCCCAGCCUCCUACACACCCUCUGCACCAAUUCCUACCUAGAUGUGCAGAAAACUGCCCGCUGGUUCCAUCAAUUGGUGAAAGCUGCCUGGGUGGUUUUGCCUCAGUCGUCCAUAUACUGUCUAACAGUGCUGCCCUCCAGCCGCUCCUGCAAAUUCCAGGUGACAAAACACAACACCCAAAACCUCGUCAUUGAGAUCAUCUUUGGGGUGCAGCAAGGUGACUCAGACAUCUUCCUGAGCAGCCAGGCUACAGAGGCCAUCUUCACUCCAAACACGACGUGGCCAGAGACCUACGCUGUGGCAGAGGCAAAGUUCUUCAGCUAUAUAGCCAGGCAGGCCCCGCAUGACAGCUUCCACCUCAAAUGCCUGCAGCUCUGCGCCCGCAUCCUGGUGGGCACAGGCUUUUCCACCUAUACCUUCAAGACUGCUAUGAUGCACCUCCUGAUCACCAUACCCCUGUCAUGCUGGCGCAGGAGGGAUUUCCUGCUGCGACUGGAGGAUAUCAUGCAGUACCUGCACUGCUGCCUGAAGGAGAAACGCCUCAACCACUUCUUCUUUGGCAACCAGAACGUGCCCGAGGAGAUCCUCUUGCCCCCAGCCUUCCGAAUGGCUGAGCCAUUCAACCUCUUCCAGCACCUGGCGCAGUAUCCGGCCACCCAUGCCAAGGCACUGCGUGAGUUCAUGGAGCUGCAAAAGCGGCUUACAAGACUGGUCUUCUAUGGACACUGA